AGGAUCUUCACAGUUCGACUUCGAAGAACAAUCCAACUAAAAAAAUGAACUCCAAAGUUGUCUUCUUCCUCUUCUUCUUGGGUCUGUCUCUGACCCAGGCAGUUCCAACGAACAUCAACGAGAAAUCACUGGACGAAGGCCAUAAUCUGAAGAUCGACAAGACAGAAGAAGACGACCAGGCUAGAUCCAAGAAAUCAGUCAUCUGUCUGGACUCAGGUAGCGUGGUACCUCAAGCACAAAGUUAUAGCAUCCAAGCUGCUCCUCAGCCUGUUCAAACGUUGAACAUUCAGCAAGUACCCCAACGAGUGCAAACACUUAAUAUCCAAGCUGUUCCUCCACCAGUUCAAACUUUCAGCAUCCAACCUGCUCCUCAGCCAGUUCAAACCUUCAACGUGAUUCAACCUCCUGCUCAAACUUCCUUGAAAUUCAUCCAACAGCCUCAACCUUGCCCACCUUCUCAAACCAACGUCAACAUCAUCCAACCACCAAAAGAAGAGAAACCUGUGAAACCAGUGGUUGAGACUAUUAUCAAAGAGAAGAUUAUAAAGCCUGAACCUAAACCAGAGAAGAUUGUGGCCCCUAAAAUAGAGAAGGAGCCUGUUAGACCUGUGUACGAGGAACAAAUGGUGGUGGUUCCCCCCAAGCCUAUUAUGAUGAUUACUGAACCUGAACCUGUGGCCACUUAUGUCAAGGUACCUCAGUGUCAACAAUGCCAACAGAGUAUUAUGCAGUGCAGCUGCACUAAACAGCAAGUUCCUACUUUGGGAUCGGCUCUCUUCAUGGAGCCUGCUAUGAGGAUUUAUAAGGAGAGAAGUAUGAGCCGCCACAUGGUUCCCAUGACCCAUCGUACGCAUCAUCAUAUGUGAUCUGUGCACUUAAAAGAAGAGGUUACCAGAGCUGGACUUAGAGUAGUUAAGAAGAUCAAAAAUGAGAGAAAAUAUACGAUUGUGAAAAAUAUGAAUAAAAUUUGAAAAAACAUA